UAUUGUACUUAUCUAUACUUAUCACUUGUCGUCGUUGUCGUUGUGCGCUCACUGCUCAUCACUUCUGUUUUUUUUUAUUCUCCUCUAACUUGUUGGCACUUGACAUUGUUCACAACUCCGCAAUAAUGGUCAACAUUACACGGCUCAUUCGGUGUACCCAUUAAUUGUUCCGUAUCUACAACACGCAAUCGGUGAGGAAUUCAUACGUUUAUCAACCUGUCGUUACUGCUCUACGUCAAGAAUAAAUAUUGAUCAAUGAAUUAACCAUAGUGAAGAAAACUGUUAAGGAUAAUCAAAAAAAUAUUAGAAGAAGAAAUUUUACAAAGAGUUACAAUUGAAAACAAAAAUCAAAGCAUGAUGGACGAUUUCCAACUUAUAAAUGAUUAUAUUGAACAACAACGCAAUGAUACAAGAACUUUAGAUGAAAUUCGACGUUUAAAUGAAAAAUUCUAUUUUAGAUUACUUAAUGAAUUAAAAUCUAAGGCAAAGGCUAAAUCUAAACAUGAUACAAAUCAGAAUAAGAUCAAGAUUCAAAAUUCGGAAAAUAUGUCGCAACACAAAAAUAGUACUCUGGAUGCAAUUCAAGAAGAUAUAAAUGUGGCCAAUUUACCUAUUACUGAAUUAACAAAACUAAGAGAUGAUAUAUUGUCCUCUAAUAAUAAUUAUUUGAGGAAAAUUAACGAUUUGGAACAAUUAAGAGUACUUCAAAGGCCUAACUAUAUAUCUGAAAUUCAUAUACUUGAUCAACAAUUAACAGCCAUGCAAAUUGAUAUUUCCAAGAAAGUAGAAAAAUAUCAAGAUUUAAUAAGAUUUAAUAGCACUAAUCGAAAACUAUUAGUGAGUGAACAAAGGGGGUUAAAUAUUACUCCAAAUCCGUCUGUAGUUGGCAGCCCAAGUGCCAAAAAAAGAAAAUUGUUUGAACGUAACGAAACAGAGAGUGAAUUUUCUAAUAUUAUCACUGUUUCAUCAACUAGUGAUAUUGAAAUUCGUGAAGUGUGUCCAGAUGGACGGUUUGUAAAAUUAUAUAACAAAGGAUCAAAGGAAUUUGCAUUGAGAGGAUAUGAAUUAGUACGCACUAUUGCUGAGCAAAAUGUUUCUACUGUAUUCAAGUUUCAUGGUUCGGUAAAUCUUGAAGCUGGUAAUUGGUUAACUGUAUGGUCUUCUACUGCCAGUAAUCAAAUACAUAAACAUAGUGCUGGAUCAAUUAUUAUGAACAUUCAAGCUUGGGUUGUUGGUGAUCUUAUGGCUACAAUACUUUUAAAUCCUGAGGGACAAGAAGUAGCAACUCAUGGACUUAAAAAAAGGACAGGUUUCUCUUUCACGAGCCAAUGAAGGAUAUAGUGAUUAUGAAACACAAUUGCUCUGUCAAUCAGGCGAUCCUCAAGAGCGACAAAUUUGUUAUCAUUUGAAGAUAUACUCAAUAUUUUAGUCAUAAGAAUGAUCUAAAAAAUAAAACUAUUAAAAUAAACUUGUAAUUUAUUAGUUCA